AUGGGGUUCGUGUCCAGCGUGCUGGUGGGGUUGGUGGUGGGCGUGGUCAUCAUGUACGCCUGGAACUACUUCAUGGCCGUCCGCCAGGCCAAGAGGAACGCCGUGAAGAGCGAUUUGAUGGCGGUGCAGGGAAUCGGGUUGAACGAGCUUAAAGCCAUCUGCGGGCCGCUCUGCCCCACCUGGGUCAAGUUCACCGAAUACGAUGAUGCGGAUUGGGUCACGCGAGUGCUAUCGGAGCUAUGGCCGCACAUCAACAAGGCGACGAGUCAGGUGGUGCGCGAGACCAUGGAGCCGAUACUAGAGGCGAACCGCCCGUCCAUCGUCUCGUCCAUGACCUUCCAUAAGUUCGAGCUGGGCAAGGACCACGAGAAGGCGCCUCACAUUGAAGGCAUCAAGCUGCACAAAACAGGCGUGGAGGAGGACCAGAUGAUCAUGGAUCUGCUCAUCCUCUGGCAGAGCGACGCCUCCAUCAUUCUCAACAUCAAGACCGCUGCUGUCACGCUGCAAGUGCAGGUGAAGAACCUGGUGUUCCGCGCCACGCUGCGCCUCAUCUUCCAGCUGGGCGAGCAGAUGCCCUGCAUCGACGCUGUCGUCGCCUCGCUGCUGCGCAAGCCGCGGCCCAAGGUGGAUUUUGUGCUCAAGGCGGUGGGGGGGUCGCUGGCGGCCAUUCCCGGGCUGGAGAAGCAGAUUGAUAACACGGUGGCAUCAGUGCUGGAGUCGAACAUAUUGUGGCCGGAGCGCAUUGUGAUCAAGCUCAACCCUGCCUUUGAUGAGAAGCUGCUGGAGAUGAAGUAUGAGGGCGAGUUGGUGGUGACGGUGGUGCGAGCAGAGGGGGUGAAGAACGUGGAUACACUGGGCAAGUCGGACCCCUACACCACCAUCUGGCUCAACCCCAAGCACAUGGCCAAGACGGCCGUGUGCAAGAACAACCUCAACCCCUCCUGGAACGAGACGUUUCUGCUUCCUGUUGAUGACCCGCACACCGCUGAGCUCACCAUUAAGGUGAGUCAGUGCGCGCUGGUGGUGCGGCACUGUCAAGGUCAGUGCGCGCUGCUGCUGGUGACGGCACUGUCAAGGUCAGUGCGUGCUGCUGGUGGUGACGGCACUGUCAAGGUCAGUGCGCGCUGCUGCUGGUGA